AUGAGAAGAUAUGUUGUCUCGUCACUAGAUGAUGAUGAUGUUGUUGUUUCUUCACUAGAUGAUGAUGAAGAUGAUGUUGUCUCUUCACUUGACGAUGAUGAUGAAGAUGAAGAUGUUGUUGUCUCGUCACUAGAUGAUGCUGAAGAUGAUGUUGUCUCUUCACUUGACGAUGAUGAUGAAGAUGAAGAUGUUGUUGUCUCGUCAUUAGAUGAUGAUGAAGAUGAUGAUGUUUCUUCACUAGAUGAUGAUGAUGAAGAUGUUGUUGUCUCGUCACUAGAUGAUGAUGAUGAAGAUGUUUCUUCACUUGACGAUGAUGAUGAUGUUGUUGCCUCUUCACUAGAUGAUGAUGAAGAUGAUGAUGUUUCUUCACCUGACGAUGAUGAUAAAGAUGAAGAUGUUGUUGUCUCUUCACUAGAUGAUGAUGAAGAUGAUGUUGUUUCUUCACUAGAUGACGAUGAUGAAGAUGAAGAUGUUAUUGCCUCUUCACUAGAUGAUGAUGAAGAUGAUGAUGUUUCUUCACUAGAUGAUGAUGAUGAAGAUGUUGUUGUCUCGUCACUAGAUGAUGAUGAAGAUGAUGAUGUUUCUUCACUAGAUGAUGAUGAUGAAGAUGUUGUUGUCUCUUCACUAGAUGAUGAUGAAGAUGAUGAUGUUGUUGUUCUCACUAGAUGA